GGGCUCCGCCGGCCGGAGGGCAGCGGCGCGGUGCGCCGGGCAGAUCUGCAGCCGCACCGGCGGUGCCUGCCGGGCCGCCGGUCGAGAGAGCGUGAACGAGGGGUGAAGCUUCUUGCUUACGGCAAGAGAGGCACAGAAGCGGCGAGCUGCCAGGAGCCGCCCGAGUCACCGCUGGUUCCCAGGGCCUGCGUGCUUCGCGUUUCUCUGCUGAGCGGUGAGGAACCACCGAACGAAACUCCGGUAGCCUUUUUUUUUGGGUCUGUCAGACAAAUAGAUAGGCUAUUGCCGUCUAACCGAUAACUGACUGAGGUGGAAACUCAGAAGUACCAACACACGGAGAGUAUUUUUUUUCGUGAAAUAAUAACCGGUGCUUCCUGUCGACGGGCACCCCACAGCCAGCCGGACACCCCACAGCCAGCCGGCACCCGGCGCAGUCCCCUCCCGGACAUCUGCAAGCUCCCGAGGACGAAGCGAGGAGCGUGCCCUUGGAAUUCCCACCUGUGGGCGAGCAGGAGUCGUGUCGCUGCCUCUGCCCACGGCCUCCCCAUCUGCAGCCCUGUUCCAGGGCACCACACUGCGCUCUCUUCCCUCUGCAGCUGCCAUUUGUCAGAAAAUAUGUUGGAACUUUGUGAACGCUGCCUCUCGGAUUUAGGAGAGAUUCGAGUUCAAAAGUUUCAGGAGAAAGUGCAGACAGCCCCUUCCUUCUGCAGACGUUGUAGGUGUUUUACUGCACAUUUACAUGCUGAUUUUAAUUACAUCCUUUUAUAACAGUUUUAACGAGAUCAAGAGAUACAAGCUGCACGGCGAUGGGCAGCUCUGCUGGCAGGACACACCUUCCCCGACAGCCCUCCCUUCUCGGACUGCACAAGUACUGUUUUGGUACGGUGAACUGGAAAGAAACCCACCCUAAUAAAAACAUAGACCAAAAUAAACGGAGCCCGCUGUUCCCGUUUCCUUGUCCAUGCCUGCUGAUGGAUCCUGCAGGCGCAACAGAUGGGACAAGGCGGGCCUGGGCGCAGGUGAGCGGCACAGCAGCUCUCCAAAGUUAGCCGCCAGCCAGGCUCCUCUGGGCAGGCUCCAGCCGGCAGCCCCGCAGCCCCGGCUCUCCCGCUGGAAGCGCUUCAGGGCUGAGCAGAAGGAGCCUGGUUAUAGAUCGCUAGCAGGGCUCGGCCUCGCUUCGAUCUCCUUCCCGCUUCCCUCACCAUCCGGCGUGCCCGCAGCUGAGAAAGGCAGCGGCCCUCCCCCCUCUCAGCCUCCAUCCCUGCCUCAGUGCUGCAAGCGCAGGGCGGGAGGCGGCGUCCCACAGGCUUUCAGUGCGGAUUUUAAGGGUGGAAUCCCGCGUUACGCGAACUGCCUGGCAGCCUCUUGCACUGAAGACAGCGACGCGGCUCCCGCCCGGCCCGGGGUACGGCGACUCUCGGAAGCUCCUACCUCAGGCACUCGCAGGUCACCCCGCCGCCCGCCUCCCAAUCAGGCACCGCCGGAGACGCCCCAAGCUGGGGUCCUGUGGACGCCUAGGGCCCUGCCUGCGCGGGCAGCUGGCUUAAGUGGGCCUUGCGCAUGCGCCCGCCCUCUCUCUUCCGGCGCUGAUCAUGGCGGAGAAGGAAGCCAAGAAGGUGCCAUCUGUCCCGGAAAGCCUGCUGAAAAAGCGGCAGGCUUACGCAGCUCUAAAAGCCAAACGGCAGAAGAAGAUUUUGGCUAUAAAAAAGUUCCGUAAGGCACAAAGGAAGCUCAUCUAUGCGAGAGCCCAAGCUUACCACAAGGAGUACAGGCACAUGUACAGGCAGGAGAUCCGCAUGGCCAGGAUGGCCCGGAAGGCUGGCAAUUACUAUGUCCCAGCAGAACCAAAACUGGCUUUUGUGAUCCGGAUAAGAGG